GUACUGAUUUUUAACCGAGCAGUGUCACGACCAUAUCAUACAGCGAGAAAAGCGGGAUUGUACUGCGUUUAAGCGGUUUCUGCGAGAGGAUACGAAACAGCCGCUUCUCGUUUGUGAACAUCUGGGCAGAGAUGUAACAGUUUCCCGGCAUUGGCGUUGUGUUUUUGUUGCUUUUGUUGCAAUUUGUUGUGGGGACCUCCCUAAAGCCUCAACUCAGGAACUCUGACAUUCCCUGUCUUGGCAGCUACACUGUUUUCCUUUUGCCGCAUGUGCAGAAAAUGGCAACUGCUCUCAGUGGACGCCCACCUAACAAUCGGAAAGGCCGUAUUUUAGGCAUUAUUGACGCCAUCCAGGACGCUGUCGGACCCCCAAAGCAAGCGGCCGCGGACCGCCGGACCGUAGAGAAGACAUGGAAACUCAUGGACAAAGUGGUGAGGUUAUGUCAGAACCCCAGACUACAGCUGAAGAACAGUCCUCCAUACAUCCUGGAUAUUUUACCCGACACAUACCAGCACCUUCGACUGAUUUUGUGCAAAUACGAGGAGAACCAGAGACUCACCCAGCUGAGCGAGAAUGACUAUUUCAAAGUGUACAUCGACAGCCUGAUGAAGAAAUCCAAAAGAGCAAUUCGCCUCUUUAAGGAAGCCAAAGAGAGAAUGUACGAAGAGCAGUCACAAGACAGACGAAACCUCACCAAACUUUCCCUGAUUUUCAGUCACAUGUUGGCCGAAAUAAAAGCUAUUUUUCCUGGUGGACAGUUCCAAGGAGACACAUUUCGCAUCACCAAGGCCGACGCUGCAGAAUUUUGGAGAAGGUCAUUUGGAGAAAAGACAAUAGUGCCAUGGAAAAUGUUCCGGCAGUGCCUUCACGACGUGCACCCCAUCAGCUCGGGGUUGGAGGCCAUGGCUCUGAAAUCCACCAUCGACCUCACCUGCAAUGACUACAUCUCUGUUUUUGAGUUUGACAUCUUCACUCGUCUUUUUCAGCCAUGGGGCUCGAUCCUGAGAAACUGGAACUUCCUAGCAGUCACACAUCCAGGCUACAUGGCCUUCCUGACAUAUGAUGAAGUGAAGGCACGUCUGCAGAAGUACAUCAACAAACCUGGCAGCUACAUCUUUAGACUGAGUUGCACGCGGUUAGGCCAGUGGGCCAUUGGCUAUGUCACUAGUGAUGGAAACAUCCUGCAGACCAUCCCACAUAAUAAACCACUGUUCCAAGCGCUCAUCGAUGGAUGCAGAGAAGGAUUUUAUCUGUUUCCAGACGGGCGCAGUUAUAACCCUGAUCUCACAGGCCUGUGUGAACCCACUCCGCACGACCACAUUAAGGUCACGCAGGAGCAGUAUGAGUUGUACUGUGAGAUGGGCUCUACGUUUCAACUUUGCAAGAUAUGUGCUGAAAAUGAUAAAGAUGUUAAGAUAGAGCCAUGUGGUCACCUCAUGUGCACUUCCUGUUUGACAUCAUGGCAGGAUUCUGAUGGUCAGGGUUGCCCUUUCUGCCGCUGUGAGAUCAAAGGGACUGAGCCCAUCAUUGUGGAUCCGUUUGACCCACGUAACGAAGGGGCCAAAUGCUUCCACCUGGACCACUUCAGCUCCCCCUUGCUGGACCCGGAUGAUGAUGAUGACAGGGAUGGAUUGCUGGUCAUAGACCAUAUCAAGAAGUCCAUGGAGAUCCAGAACUCGCCGAUAAUGUCUCCGAACUCGUCUCCAGUGUGUGAACGCCGAAAAACUGCUGCAGAUCACAUGGGUCCACACUUAAACAUUCCACCCGUCCCACCCCGUCUCGACCUCAUCCGCUCUCCUGCUCCCAGUCCCACAGCCUCACCAAAGUCAUCUCCAGGAAUGUCCAGAAAACAGGACAAGCCCCUUCCUGCCCCUCCACCUCCACAGAGAGACCCCCCUCCACCUCCUCCGCCAGAACGGCCUCCUCAUCUCCCUCAAGAAGGUCGCGCUGCAUGGCUCGUCACCCCUUCGUCCGGCCUUCCUCGAGACCCUAGAGCACCCCUAGAGGCCUGGAGCCCAAAAGACAGCACUGCAUUGUCAGACUGCAGAACGUCUGCAGCAGACCGUUCCCCCAAACUCGCCCACGCUGCCCCUGCACACAUCAACGAGAGACCCCUCAGCUGCUCCAGCGCAGACCUGGGGUUGAACCGGAACAGACUGAUCGCACAGACCGAGUGUAGUAAGUCUUUCGUUAAUGGUCUGUUACCUGGUGAUGAGUAUGACAUUCCCCCUCUGCGUCACUCCCCUCCUAUUCUGGACAACAACCAGAGACACAUGAACCCCUUCACAAGCCCUCGGAGUCUGACUGACAGAGUAGAGGACGACUACCAGAUUCCCUCAUCGCAUCCCGUUUGCAUCACACAGCCGGCCAUCUGCAUCCCCUUCCGCAUCCCCAACAGAGCUUUAGAAAAUGGCUCGACAGAUCACUCCACAGAUAUAAAGAAACAUAAACCUCCAGAACAUGGUGGGUUUGACUCCGGGCCGUUGAUUUCUGCAGUGUCUCAUACCACACAGUGUCCCCUUCACAACAGAACGCCCUCAGACUAUGACAUUCUACUGCCCCCUCAAGCAUCUCCAAUGGAAGACCCAUUCAACGCUCUUCCUCCAUCUCAGCCUCCUCCUCCUCCACCAAUCAGGAAUAGUUUCACGGAAGCCUCGUCCUCGUCUUUAUACCCCAGGCCUGCCCGACCCUUAUCGGGACACGACCACUUUUUACUCAGCCCCGACACUUUCAUAGACUCAUUGAAUAACUCGGCUCCCAGUCCUCCAGUACGGAGACAAACAGGUGACAACAUGAAGACGCCGUUCAGGGCCCCGCAAGACUACGAUCAGCUGCCGCCCACAUCAGUGGCCGGAGAUUGUUUCAGGGCGCCUGAGAGACCUCCAAAACCACUUCCUCGAAUCAUCCCGCCAGACAUCCACAGAAGACCGCACGAAUCGUCCAGGGAGAACGUCGACGCCAAGAUUGCCAAGCUGAUGGGGGAAGGAUACUCGUUCGAGGACGUCAAACGAGCGCUGAUGAUCGCGCAAAACAAGGUGGACGUGGCACGGAACAUUUUGCGCGAGUUUGCGCUAGUCGCCCCCAGACAGGGCCUGUAGCCCACAUCCAAAAGUUUCAAACAAACUACAACUGAUUCUAAAGCGUACAAACCGCUUGCUUUCGUUUAGCGAAUUUGCCAAACAAGACGAAAACGUGCGCUUUUCCCGCCAAAAGGAGCCUAACUGAGUGUUGCUUUUGGGAUCCUGUGAAAAACAAAAAAAGCCUUGUGUUUACAGUGACGUGGCUUAUCUGCAGCGCUCAGGUCAGCUCCACAGAGGAGCUGAAAUACAAUUUUUCGUAUUUUGGAGGUGUCCGUCCACGUUUCAGAGUGGGUUUGAUGCAUCCUUCAGAGUUUGUGUUUCUCACCAAUGUGUUCGGAUGGAAAUGAGCAGCUCUGAGCUCUUCUGUUUGUGUUGCCCAGUGUCUGCAGGCUGUUCAUGGCUUUCCUGCCACUGCUGCUCUCCCCAUACACACACACACAUACACACACAGACGUCCAGCCACUAGCUUCUGGCCUCUCUAGUUUCAUGAAUUUCACAGUAAUGGCUCUCGGUGUGGCGUUUCUUUUUCUUUUCUUGGUUAUUUGCCAUGAACAUGAUAAACCAGAUCACAUCUUCUGAGGCAGAGAGAUUGAUUCUGAAUAACAGGUUCACAGUUUUCUCUUUUUAUUUGAGGUUGCUGCUUUUUUAUCGAUAGUUCACCCCAGUAUUUAAAUGUGCUAUUCCUUUAUUCACCCUCAGGCCUUUCAAGAUAACUUCAGGGGAUUUUUAGCCUUUUGUUGAUUCAUAAAAUGCAGGUCAAUGGCUACUUUAAAGGUAAAAAACAACGACAAACAUCCUUCACCUGUUUUCUUUUCGGCUUAGUUCCUUUAUUAAUCAGUGGCCGCCACUGCGGAAUGUACCGCCAACUUAUCCAGCAUUUGUUUUACACAGCGGAUGCAUCCAGCUGCAACCCAACACUGGGAAACUAACAAACAUAUACAGGCAAAAUUAAAUGAAUACAUUGACAAUACAUUGAGGUCUCAAGAAGCAAAACAGACUGAAUGUGCUAGCUAAACAUUAGUACUCAGCCAAAGUUGUAAUUAUGUUUUUAAUAAUGUUUUUUUCUUACGUACAAAUUGUUUUAUUUCACAAGACUUCAAUUUAUGGUCAAAAGCAACAUGUUUUAAAUUAGUAUUAACCAUUUUAAAUGGUAACCGUUGCAUUUUAUAAAUCACCAGAGACCACAGUUUCCACUAAAAUAGUUUUUUAAUGUUCUUUUGAUAAACAAAGUCAGCUUGGAUGAUCUGAGGGUGAGUGAAUGAGUACAUUCGUGUGUGAACAAUCCCUUGAACAUUCGCCUUCAACAUUUGCUUGGAUGUCAGCAUUAGCAAGCAAGGGCUAACAUGGUGGUUCCAUCUUCUGUAAAUAGAAGGGACUGUGAACUCGUGUAUUAAACAACCCCGAAUGUCUGCGCCCCCUCCGAAUGCAUCGGUUGCUUUAUUUAUUUUACAUUCCUUCCCUUUUCCUAAUUUCAGUCACCCCCAGCCCACUUGCACUGACGCAAUAUGCAAAAUAAAACAAUUUAAUAGUAAAAAUUAAGUGGACAUGCAUUGUUAGUAUUAGCGCCUUGCAAACAAACCAAAAAACACGCAGAUGAUCAUCACGAGUGAAUCUGACGUCACCCACAAACUGAAGAUUAAGCAACAACGUCAUGGGAAUUCUGGGGAUUUAAGCUGGACAGCUUUGACUUUUUUGUUCCCUGCUGGCUUUGGCCAUUCCUCCCUAUCAGGUUUUUCUCUUGAACUUGAAAUUUCAUUUUUUGCACUGGCCUCGCUCUCCAUUUUACACUUGAACGUCUGCGAACUGAGUGGACCCUCCAGCGGAAGAGGAUGAUUUCUGUUCAUUUCCCCUCUUCUUCUUCUUUUCUUUUUUUACCAGAGAUUUUAAGUUUGUCGGGAAAUGCCUUGUGGAUCAGUUGAAACCAGUGACGUGUGCAAUUAAUUUAUACUUUGUUAAAAGUUUUCUCAGAGAUUAUUUUCAUCUUUCAGUAAUGUUGGUAACCCGUGAUCUGUUCUUGUGGAGAAAAAAAAAAAAAAAAAACAUUUUAUAAAAGCCAGUAUUAACAUUA